AGGCUUUAUCCAUCCCACAUCAAGUUUAUCCGCCCCUUAACAAGUGUUUUAUAGCGUCCAAGUCAAGUAUCAACUGUCCCGUGUCAAGUGUCCACUCCAAUGCUCCUCAAUCCUACCCGCCUCGCCUCGAUGGCGUUGGCUCUGGUAGUGGCGUUGUCGCCAGGAGCUGUGGCUGAAAAAGACACGUUCUGGAUCUCUAAUCUCUUCCAGCCGGCGUACUCAUAUUCGUACCAGCAGCCGGUUGACUGCCAAGUGAGUGACUGGGGAUCCUUCAGCACCUGCUACUCUGUCUACUCGACCAAGACACGUCGUCGAUAUGUGACUGUAUGGCCCAAGAACGGCGGCGCUGCUUGUCAUCCUCUAGAAGACACGCAGCGCUGUGUGCCUCAAGACUGUCAGGUCGGACCUUGGUCCGACUACACAGCAUGCGACCGCUCGUGCGGUAAGAAGACGCGCACGCGCACCGUUCUUCUGCCGGCCCAAGACGGUGGCGCUGCCUGUCCACCAACGACCGAGACUGCUCCAUGCGAUCCCAUCAACUGCGUCGUCAGUGACUGGACGCCGUGGAGCAUUUGUCUGUUCGGCAAGAAGAGUCAUUCCCGUUUCAUAACAACAUGGCCGCAAUACGGCGGUACAGCUUGUCCCUCUCUCUAUGAAGUCGCGUCUUGCACUCCCGUCGACUGUGCCGUGAGUCCGUGGAGUCCCUGGAAGAUUCUAGGGACCAAAAAGACUCGCAUUCGUGAAGUCACUUGCCAAGCUGACGGCGGCAACCCGUGUCCGCCGUUAGUGGAAGAAGCCACGUGCAACCCCGUCGAUUGUGUGGUGAGUCCCUGGUCCUGGAGUGGAGUCUGUGACCCCAUCACCAAGCUGCGUCCACGCACCCGAACGGUCCUCACGGCGGCACAAGACGGUGGCGCUGCGUGUCCCUCUCUGCAAGAAACUGUGACGUGUGUGGACUGUGUGGUGAGUGCGUGGAGCGAUUUCUCAACGUGCAACCCGUUAACCGGUACCAAGACUCGGUCGAGAUCCGUGUCAACCGCAGCUCAAAAUGGCGGUGCGGAUUGCCCCGCUCUAACGGAGACAGCUCCUUGUGAUCCAGUGUCGUGUGUCGUGGGGAACUGGACCGACUGGAGCGUUUGUGACGCCAAGACGCUGCAACGGAAGCGUACGCGUGAUGUGUUGACUACCCCUCGCUAUGGCGGCACGAUGUGUCCUGCUCUGGUUGAAACUCAGUCGUGUACACCUCAGGACUGCACAGUCAGUGACUGGAGUCUGUUUGAAUAUUUUGUUAAGCCUACCGAUGGACUCCGAUACAAACGUCGGUCGCGAUCAGUUAUCCGUCCGUGCGACGGCGGCGCGCCCUGUCCGCCCUUACAAGACGAACAGAUCUGUCAACCUGUGGACUGUCAAGUGAGUAAGUGGGUGUGGGACGACAACGGAGCUGGAUCAUGUCCUCCUGGAACGCAACGCAGACGAACUCGAAACGUUGUGACACCUGCAAAGGACGGCGGUGCGGCCUGUCCGCCUCUGGUGGAGCUUGUGGCGUGUGGAGAUUGCCAGGUCAGUGCGUGGGGUCCAUUCGGAGCUUGUGACUCCGCCACGAUGACGCGUAAGAGGACGCGAAGUGUCUCGCAGCAGCCUAUCGGUGACGGCGCCGCGUGUCCUGUACUCGAGGACUUUGCUCCGUGCGAGCCGGUGGCCUGCCAGGUGAGCGACUGGACGUCUUGGGGGCCUUGCUCAGCUUCUAAGAUCCGUCAACGCACCCGAACGGUGCAAGUUGCUGCCAAAUACGGCGGUACCGAGUGCCCUCCGCUUGUGGAUCAGCAGAACUGCAACCCGACCGACUGCCAAGUGAGUCCGUGGGGGCCGUACGAGCUCCGUGGCGACACGAAAUGCCGUCGACGUACUGUUUUACGUGAAGCCGACGGUGGCAAAGCGUGUCCGCCACUGGAAGAGACUGUACCGGUCAAGAAAGUGGACUGUGUGGUGGGCCUGUGGGGCCCGUACUCGGCCUGUGACCCCACCACGAAGCAGCGUUCGCGCUCUCGUAUUGUGGUGACGAACCCGCAAGAUGGUGGAGCUGCAUGCCCAGCGUUGAUUGAGGCCGUCGCCUGCGCUCCUGUGUCUUGCCAAGUCAGCAACUGGGGGACCUGGAGCGAUUGCUCGCUGGUUACUGGAAAGCGUACGCGACGUCGUACCGUGACAACCCCGUGCGCCUUUGGAGGCGCUGACUGCCCCGACCUCAUUCAAGAAGAAGCGUGCCAACCGGAGGACUGCAAGGUGGGCAACUGGACAUCCUGGACAGGAUGCAACAAACUCACCAAGACGCGAUCUCGUCGCCGCUCUAUCCUUGCCCAAGCUCGCUUCGGCGGUGCCGCGUGUCCAAGUCUUGAGGAGGUGAAAGUUUGUGAGCCAUCGGACUGCGUCGUCAGCUCCUGGUCACUGUUCACUUCGUGUGGCGUUAAUGGAAAGGAACGUCGAUUCCGUACGGUGCUCCAACAGCCUGACGGUGGAGCUGCGUGCCCUCCGUUGAUGGAAGAGCGAUCCGUACCGAAGGUGGACUGCGUUGUGAGCGACUGGACCGACUGGAGCAUCUGCGACCCUGAUCUUCUUGUACGGAUGCACAACCGCUCAGUCCUCACACCGGCACAGAACGGCGGAAAGUCGUGCCCAGCUCUACAGGGUUCACAAGCGUGCUGUCCGAAGCGUGUGGACUGCAAAGUUAGUGAGUGGUCAGACUACUCGAUCUGCGACCCUGCUUCCAACACCCAACGACGCACUCGCAAUGUGACACAGGCUGCCGGUCCUAACGGACGAGCGUGUCCGGAACUGCAACAGUCUCGAAGCUGCAAGCCGAGCAUUGACUGUAAAGUUGGCGAGUGGGGCGCCUGGGGAAGUUGCAACAGUGCAAAUUAUCUGCGUACCCGUACGCGUCAAGUGACCACCGCGCAGUCUGGUAAGGGUGCAAAGUGCCCGUCGUUGAAGGAUACACAAAGCUGCACCCCCGUUGACUGCCAAGUGAGUGACUGGAGUGACUGGGGCGCGUGUGACCCGAACACGAAUACCAAGAAUCGGACGCGCACAGUGUUGAAAGAACGCGACGGAGGAAAGAAAUGUCCGAGUCUCAUUGAAACCAAACCGUGUAAGGUGAACGUUGACUGCCAAGUUUCACCUUGGGGUGACUACGCCGCUUGUGACGAGUCCACGUGGACACGAAGCAGAUCUCGUACCAUUGCCGUUCAGCCCAAGGGCAGUGGGAAAGCAUGUCCACCGCUUACAACAGCGGAUGCGUGUCCCCCACGCGAUUGUAAAGUUAAUGGGUGGUUACAGUUCGGAGACUGUGAUGCCAAUGGAUAUCGCAAACGCAACCGUACGAUCGCCAUUUCACCACGAGGUGGAGGCAAGGCGUGCCCGGUGCUUCAGGAGACGAAAAAGUGCGACGCAGUGAACUGUGGUGUGUCUGCUUGGGGACCGUGGGGCGACUGCGACCCGGUGACCGCCCUCCAGACGAGAUCUCGCACUGUUCGUGUUGAACCUGCUUACGGCGGCACACCUUGCCCGCCCCUUAACCAGACGCGAAGCUGUCAGAAGUGCGAGGUAACCGAAUGGAGUGACUGGACCAUCUGUACAGCCGAUACGCCAACCAGGUCCCGUACGCGUGAUGUUGUUAAACAACCACCUCCUCCAUCGACCUGUGGCAACUCAGACGACGAUGCCCUUAUAGCUACUUUACAGUGUCCUGUCCUGAAGGAAGAACAACCGUGUGAGGCCAUCAACUGCACCGUCAGCGACUGGACCGACUGGAGUGGCUGUGACCCGGAGACGUACGUGCGGACGCGCAACCGGACCAUCCUGCAGCCACCUGUGCGUGGAGGCACUGAGUGUCCCGAACUCACGGAUUCAUUGACAUGUCCACCGGUGGACUGCACCGUUGGAAACUGGUCAGACUGGUCGGGUUGUGGUGUGACGGAUCUCACCUCGACCCGGUCACGGGAAAUCCUGGUGCCGGCGGCGUUCGGCGGCGCCGAAUGUCCGUGGCAAACGGAAUCGGUAGACUGUCCGUCGAUUGACUGUGUUCUUAGUGACUGGAGCGACUGGAGCGAGUGCACGGAUUACACGCCGACGCAAACCCGAGAGCGGUCGAUCCAGCAGGAUGCCGUUCGUGGUGGCGCUGCGUGCGACGUGUUGACCCAGACCCGUGCGUGUCCUCCUGUGAACUGUGAACUGGGAGCUUGGGGUUCGUGGCAGACUUGUGAACCAAAGACUGGUACGAAAUCCCGCUCUCGUGUAGCAACGCGCGCUCCGCAGCGGAACGGCACAGCUUGUGACGCGCUGCAAGACAUUGCGCCGUGUGACCCAGUUGAUUGUACUGUGGAUAAGGACUGGGGGGACUGGGGCUCGUGCGACCACACCUGUGGAAAGCGCUACAAGCGUCGAUCGGUGGUGCAGCCGGCUCUAUACGGCGGUGCUACCUGCCCGCCUCUUGUGUCCGAAGGACCGUGUGAACCUGUUAACUGCGCCGUGUCAUCAUGGGGUGACUGGAGUGAGUGUGACGCCUCCACCGGUAUGCGCACGCAGACUCGAAACGUGACACGAGAGCCGCUUUACGGUGGUUUGACGUGUUCAACGUUGGUCCAGCAGAAGAAAUGCGAUCCAGUGCCCUGUAGUGUGAGUGAAUGGUCUGCAUGGACGUCUUGUGAUAGCGAUGACCCUCAGCAGCACCGCAGUCGCAAUAUCACGCAACCGCCUUUGUACGACGGCACCCCAUGCCCGGACCUUACCCAGGAUGUGACGUGCGCUCCGAUCAACUGCGAAGUGGGUCCAUGGAGCGACUACGGCCUCUGCGACGCUAGCACGGGUCUACGCACACGCACCCGUUCAGCCACCCAGGUGUCUCGGCAUGGUGGCACGUCGUGUCCUGCUUUGAGCGAAACAAUUGCCUGCGAUCCAGUUGACUGUACGGUCGGCGAGUGGGGUGAGUACGGCGAGUGUGACCCUGUGACGUUCAAGAAGACCAAGUCUCGCGCGAUCUCGCAGAAGCCGCUGUACAAUGGAGCGGCGUGUCCGGAUCUGACCAACGACCUGCUGUGUGACCCGAUUCACUGCGUCGUGACUCCGUGGGGACCUUGGGAGAGCUGCGACGCUGCGUCGCAAACCAAGACGCGUAGACGCACUAUCAGUACACAGCCGAAGUAUGGUGGAUCCGCGUGCCCAGCACUGGAAGAAUCUGCUGUCUGUGACCCGGUAAACUGCGUCAUGAGCAACUGGUCGGACUGGAGCGUGUGCAAGAGCGACGGCAGCGACACGGGCUCUGUACGUACGCGCACGGUGGUACAGUCAGCACUCUACGGCGGCACGGCAUGUGGGCCUACGCGUGAAGAAGUCCCCUGCGGUGCUGUGAACUGCGAAGUAAGUGAGUGGAGCCCCUGGUCGUCUUGUGACGCAAGCUGUGGCAAGAAGACUCGCAAGCGUACAGUCAAACAGCGAGCUUUGUACGGCGGAGCUGCAUGUCCAGCACUCGAAGAAAUCACUAACUGCGACCCUGUCAACUGUUCCGUGGGAGAAUGGGACGCUAACUGGUCGGCGUGUGAUCCGUCCUCGGGUCUCCGCAAGUUGACGCGUCCAGUUCUUCAACCGGCGCUGUACGGCGGAACAGCUUGUCCAAUUACGGUUCAAGCCAAGGCGUGCGAUCCAGUUGACUGCACGGUGAACGAGUGGGGUGAGUGGGGAUCCUGUGACUCGACAACCGGCAAGAAAUCGCGCGCCAGAACUGUCAAACAGGUCGAUCUCUAUGGUGGUUGCAAGUGCCCCGACCUCACUCAAUCAGCACCCUGCGACCCUGUGCCGUGUGCUGUUGGACCCUUCAGCGACUGGACCAACUGCACCGAUGCAGACGCCACCAAGACCCGAACGCGCCCGAUUACACAGGACGCGCUGUACGGCGGCACGGCCUGUCCGGCCCUGACCGAAACAGCGGCGUGUCCACCGGUUGACUGUGUGCUUGAUUCAUGGGGACCCUGGAGCGACUACGAUGCUAAAACUGGUGUCCGUACGCGGAGUCGGAAGGUCCUCCAGCCUGUCGUUCGUGGCGGCGUGGCUUGCGAUAGCACCACAGAGUCCGAGACGGCGCCGCCGGUGAACUGCCACGUCGGUAACUGGAGUAUAUACGGGCCGUGCAACGACGCUGCGGGUGUCAAGACUCGAUCGCGCGAGAUCUCGGUAGCUCCGUUGUAUGGCGGCCUCCCGUGUCCUGAACUUCUUCAGAACGCGACGUGUGACCCUGUGAACUGCAUCGUGAGCGACUGGAGCGUGUGGGCUGCCUGUGACCCCAAUACAGGAACAAAGUCUCGCCGUCGUGAUAUUCUGCAGAAGGACAAGUACGGAGGCGCGGCUUGUCCAGACACGACGGACUCUGCGCCGUGCGAUCGCGUGGACUGCGUCAUGAACGACUUUGGACCGUGGUCGACGUGUGACCCGACAACCGGCAGCAAGAUGAGAUCGCGCACGGUGAAGGUGACGCCAAUGUACGGUGGGAGCGCUUGCCCAAGCACGACAGAGCAAGGAUUCUGUGACCCGAUUGACUGUAAAUUGAGUGACUGGGGCAGUUUUGGCGCCUGUAACUCGACGACUGGAUUGAAGACUCGCACGCGCACAGUGUCAACCAGUCCGCUGUACGGUGGAGCAACAUGUGCAUCUCUCACUGACACGGCACCGUGCGACCCGAUCAACUGCCAAGUUGGUGCUUGGAGCUCCUGGUCUGCCUGUAACCCGAGUACUCUACAGUCAACACGCACACGGAAGAUCACGGUGGAGCCGAUGUACGGAGGCCUUGAGUGUCCCUGCUUAUCGGAGUCAAUGGCUUGCAAGGUCCCGAAGGUGGUGAACUGCACGGUGAGUGCGUGGUCGGACUGGACGAAGUGCGCGAGCAAGACAGGAACCCGUUCACGCACGCGCAAAGUGGUGACGGCGGCGGCGAACGGCGGUACGGCAUGCCCGGCGCUGACCGAAACAGGGUCGUGCAGUGGAUUGACAUGCACGAUGGGGCCGUGGUCAAGCUGGACGACUGGAUGCGACAGCUACGGCUUGCAGACACGCACCCGAGCGCUACUGGACGACCCGUAUAUGUCAGGCGUCUCGACUUGUCCACCUGUGUUGGAGACUCGUGAAUGUGUCUACAGCAGCUCGACGAAUGACUACUCUCCGCCCACGAGUGCUUAUCUAUUCCUCGGUGUCGACGACGUUGCGCUGGAGGCUCAAGCAUUUGGUGACGGUGGUGAGACUCAAGCUUUGUACGUGUAAUUUGCAUUCUUCGAUUCUUCGAGUGUAUAGCGUAGAAUUCGAAUAGCAUUGAUCAACUUUCUUUUAAACACUGAAUACCGACGCGUAAAACUUUUCCGACUAGCUUUUACCCCCGCAAAAAAAG